AUGUCCCGUCCAUCUGUUUUCAACGAGCAGGAGAGAGCUUUCUUCUCCACCUUAUGCAUCGACUACGUGAAUUCUGGCACCGAUAAGAAGGGCUUCUACGGCCGUAUAUGGGGUCAAUAUCUUCGCAAGUUCCCCGUGAUGCCUACCGAGGACGAGAUCCUUGAGAACGGUGGAGAUGUGAUGAAGGCGUUCAAGUGUGCCGCGUGCGCUGAACGUCGCGCGCAUCGACUCGCGCAAGCUACAUACUGGUUCCAGAACAACGCAAAACGCAUUGCCGCCUCACUUAUACCCGGUCUUGCCGCUCCAGUUCGCGCCCGAACGCUCGAUCUCUCGAACAAAGAGAAGAGAAAACCCCAGCUCCCGCAUGCUUGGAUACGUCUUUUCUAUCAUAAGCCCGAGGUGAAGGCCGCGUUCGAUGUGGUAUGGAAGGCAGCGACGGACGCCGGUUGGCCAGAGAAGAAACAAGCGUCGUUUCGUAACAAAUGGGCAUCCGAACAGUAUCAGGCGGGUGACGCCCAGACGAGAGCACUGGUGGACAAGUACCGUGAGAAAGGUUACCUCAAGGACGACGCCGAACGCUACAUCGAUAUUGAUCCUGACGACGACGACGAUAUGAUCCGUGCUAAGCAAGUUCAAGAGUACCUUGAUAAUCUACCCCACACGCUGCAACGCGUUGUGGAAAGCCUCCACAAGCAGACCGGAUGGCACUUCAGUGUUACUUGCGGGGGGCGUCUACCUCGUGCCGGCGGGGACGUAAACACUUUGCAUUUGUCUAUGGGACAAUGCAAGCAAGGAAUAGAUUAUUCGUCCUGGAAUUCUGACCACAAAGCGGACAUAGAGAAUUUUCGACAAUUCUGCAAUGAAACUUGGUCAAAAGAUGAAUGUCUGGCGAUGAGUCUCGAGAGAUCUCAAACAACAUCGCCCACCUAUUCGACGUCAACUCCUGCAACUCCUGCACUUCAAAAGGAGUACGACUCUAUGAUCGACCCCGCUUUGAUGGAUAUGACUCUGGUUGGCGAUGCGACAUCUCUAGACGGCCUCAGCCCCGCGUUCCUUGCUGCCGCAGCUGCAUCUAUCACGGAACAAGUUCUUGCACCCUCGUCAGGAAACGCAGUCCCUUCGAAAAGGCGCCGCAAGGCCCAGGAUGUCGCCACCAACCACAAGAAAGCAAAGACUCGUCGCAAUGCGGAGCUUCUUGCGCAGGCCGAAAGUUACGCAUUCUCUGAGCUUUCCCCUCUCGGUGCCGCGCCGCCUCCUGACACCGCGCCGCCUCCUGUCGCGUCUCCAGCGGCGCCGCCUCCCACCUCUGAGCUUUCCCCUCCUGGCGCUGCACUGCCUCCUGAUACUGCGCUGCCUCCUAUCGCGGCUGCAGCGCCUCCGCCUCCCGUCGCAGCUGCAGCGACUCCGCAUCCCGUCGCGCCCCAAGCGCCGGCCGCGCCUCCAGCACCUCUGCCUCCCGUCGCGGCUGCAGCGCCUCCGCCUCCCGUCGCAGCUGCAACGCCUCCGCCUCCCGUCGCAGCUGCAACGCCUCCGCCUCCCGUCGCGGCUGCAGCGCCUCCGCCUCCCGUCGCAGCUGCAGCGCCUCCGCCUCCCGUCGCGGUCCAAGCGCCUCCGCCUCCCGUCGCGGUCCAAGCGCCUCCGCCUCCCGUCGCGGCCCAAGCGCCUCCGCCUCCCGUCGCGACUGCAGCGCCUCCGCCUCCCGCCGCGGCUGCAGCAUCUCCACCUCCUGCUGCUGCUCUCGUUGCGUCAUCAGCUGCUGCGACUCGCGCUGUAACACCCUCGGUUGUACGGGUCCCACGCAAACGGCUCGGCUCGUCGCCAGCACCCAACGAUGGAAUGGUUGACUUGGACUCGGACGGCGAUGAGGGUGGCGAAGAUAAUACACCACUUGGGGUUACUCCGUCCGAUUUGGACGAAGAGGAGCGUAAUGAACGGGUGAACUCUGCAGCUGCCAAGCAUCCGGCGGCCACCUCUCCUAGCAACUCUAAGCAGAAUCCCAAGGCUACUACACCCGCGGCUAUCUCUUCUCGCAAGUCCAACCGCGUCCGCAAGGCGUCAACGAAGCUUGCCGCCUCCGAGAGCUGCCAAUUGGACACGACGCUCCCGAUCGUUGAACUCAUCGCACAAGUGGAAGCGGACUCCAGCCUUCCGGAGUACUUCGCGUCCGCGGUGAGGUUCAUGGGUUCUCAAGACUACGGCUCGCACCUCGAGUUUUUGCAAAUGGUCAAGGUGUUUAUCGUAUUCGAAGCCAAAGGUCAGUUCAUCGUACGAAAAACCCGUACCAAGAUCACGAAUCGCCCUGAUAUCAUUCGGAGAUGGAUGACAGGCGAGCAACGUGACUUUGAGAAGAUGAAGUCAGACAACACCCCUCGGGAUGUAGUGGGGUGGUUCUGCUGGUGGGCGACCCUUCAACCCGGAUGGCGUAAAACCACUAUGCCCCAUUCUCGUACUCCCCCGCCGAAUGCUCAAUAUCCCGAGCUGAAGUAUGGCCGCCUCGGCGUCGUCACAAUCGUCGCUUCGCUUGUCUGUAUUUACUUGUCCACCGAGGAGCCGAAGCUUCGCGAAAAGCUAGCCGAAGGUGCGAGUGAUGUAUGCUGGGUCCUGACAGUAGCUGCAACGGGAACGGGCCAGUCCGCGAACGACGAGGAGGGAAAAGAAGGCCAGCCCCCUCGCAAGUAG